CUUUCUAAACUUUGGAAUUGCAGGCUUUUGAGAGAGAAAGAGAGAGGGGUUAGUGUCUGUGUGCGUGUGUGUGAAAGAGAGAGAGAGAGAGAGAUCAUGGUGGUGGAAGAUGGUAGUCCAAGGAGCCCAGAGGCGACGUUGGGGAGGCAUGUGGAGGAUCUGUGGGACAUACAAGAGCCACAGCUCAGUCCAACUGAGAAGCUCAAUGCUUGCUUUGAGAGCAUCCCUGUCUCUGCCUUCCCUCCUGCUCCUUCUUCUCAAGUAAUUGAGCUAAACUCGGAUACCAGCUUGGCUGACGCAGUUAAGUUACUGUCCAAACAUAAAAUUCUUAGUGCACCCGUUGUGGAUGUCAAGGCGCCUAAGGACGCGAGUUGGAUCGAUAGAUACAUUGGUAUUGUGGAGUUUGCAGGAAUUGUCGUGUGGAUUCUUCAUCAGUCAGAAAAGAUGGAAGGAUCUGCGGGCUCAGCAUUCGAUAUGUAUGUAUCAGAGGAAACCAUUGGACCUGCUGUUGCAGCCGCAGCUAAUGGGUUAUCUUCUCCAAGAUUUAGAAGCUUGCACCCUGAAUCUCCUACAGCCACUUCUGGGAACUUUUUUGAGACUCUUACUUCUUCUGACUUUUAUAAGAACACAAAGGUUCAAGAUAUCUCAGGUUCAUUCCGCUGGGCUCCAUUUCUUGCUUUGCAGAAGUCGAACUCCUUUUUGACGAUGCUCUUGCUGCUAUCAAAGUACAGAAUGAAAAGUGUUCCUGUGGUUGAUCUAGGUGAAACAACAAUUGAUAACAUAAUCACCCAAUCUGCUGUGAUUCACAUGUUGGAAGAAUGUGUUGGUCUUCACUGGUUUGAAAGCUGGGGCACUAAAAAACUAUCUGACCUUGGUCUUCCUCUAAUGAAGCCCAGUCGCAUUGUUAAGGUGGAUGAGGAUGAACCAGUGCUACAGGCAUUUAAACUGAUGAGACAAAAGGGAGUUGGUGGGGUACCAGUGGUCGAAAGUGGCGGAAGUAAAGCAGUUGGUAAUAUAAGCAUCAGAGAUAUUCAAUUCCUUCUAAUUGCGCCUGCAAUCUACAAGGAUUACAGAUCUAUAACGGCCAAGAACUUUCUGACAGCAGUUCGAAGCUACCUGGAGGAGAAUCAAAAAGAUUCACCAUUGUUGAGUGGCAUGGUUACAUGCCAAAGAGACAACACACUCAAGGAAGUUAUUCUGAAACUCGACUCCACAAAGAUCCAUCGGAUUUAUGUCGUGGAUGAUGCUGGAAAUCUAGAGGGGGUAAUCACUCUCAGAGACAUAAUUUCAAAGCUAGUACACGAGCCUCGUGGUUACUUUGGUGAUUUCUUUGAUGGUGUUCUUCCCCUGCCCGCGAACAGCAGGGUCUAACUAGUUCCAAACUAGUCAAUGUAGUUUUUUUUUGUGGCUGAUGGAUCUUGCGUUAUUAACCUCCUCUCCUUUCCUUUUGUUGUAUCAUCUGUGUCAUUGUCCUGUCGUCGUUAACUUGCUGGAAAUGAUGGUGUAAAUUGGUUGAGGUAGUCGUAAUAAUCGGACGCUGUUAUUUUCAGUUUUAUCUGUUGUACUGCAAACUCCAGCAGCAUUCUGUGGUAAUGGAAAAUAAGAUCCUUUCCCAUAAACUUCUGCCCUUCUAAUUUGAAUGGUUUCACCGUUUGAGGUGUGCUUGUGAUUCUUUUU